AUGGAUUCCGAUUCAUCAUCGUCACCGUGGAUACGGAUUAACCCUUCUUCCAGACGCCAUCCUCCAUCGCGAGAUAUAUACUGUGUGGGAGAAGAUGAUUAUUAUGAGGGUCGCGAAGAAGAUUCGAGGCCAGAAUAUCUCUGCCCUUUCUGUGCUGAGGAUUUUGACAUUGUUAGCUUGUGCUGUCACAUUGAUGAAGAGCAUCCUGUUGAAGCUAAGAAUGGGUUUUACUUUAGCCCCUUUUGCUUUUCUUUAACUGGAAAUUACGUGCCGCGCAAGAGGAGAUUACGGAUAGGUGGACCGAAUGCAGCAUUAUCAGUCUUGAAAAAGGAGUUGCGAGAAGGAAAUUUACCAUCUCUACUGAAUGGUUUCUCGAAUUCUCUCUCUUCCACCAGUCAACCUGAUUCGCUGUUGUCUUCAUUUAUGUAUAAUCCGCCAGCUGUUAAAGAACCAUUGAACUCUCACCCUUUAUCCUUGCCGGGAACUCGCUCGCUUCCCAAAGUUUAUACUGAGGACUUGACCGAGAGGAGUGUUCAACUACUGCAACCUUUAUCAGAGAAAGACCAUGAAGAGAGAACUCGAAGAUAUUUCCUUUUAGUCAAUGCGUUUGGCAUAACCUUGGAAUGUGGCAGAACUGAAGCUCUGAGAGGGUAUGAAGAGGAAAAUGACAUUAGGGUAAAGAGGUACAGGAAACAGGAGCAAUUCAACUUCAGAUUUGGCCUUUCACCCAUAAUGCAUUUCAUGAAUCUGAAUGGGGGAAAUGAGCAAACUGACAUGGAGCUGGCUAUUUCUCCACUGAACUAA